AAACCCCUGCAUUGGCAACGCCGCUUUGCACCAAACCCCGGAUGUUCAAUCUCCAAGAUGCCCGAUUGGGGAAAACCGGAGUCUGAAAAGCCAGACCAAGUGCUAUUUCUCCGCCUGUAGUCGCCCGGCCCCCACAUCCCACCAACCUAAACUUUCUUAACUUGUCGUCAGUAUAGCAGUAACACGACUCCACACCUGAUCAAAGGAGCUCAUUUCUCUUGGUUUCGGGUAGAGAAAAAAAAAACGGUUGUCUGUUGAUCCACAUUGUGAUGGGUGUCCGUAUACUUGCUUCCGCCGACAGUGGCGAUGCGCGUGCCGAUGAUGUAAAAGGCCAGCUGGUGCCUCGACUCGCGAAAAAGCUUCGUGACUGAUACCUACCUCCGUUUUGUUUCGUCUUUUCAUCCUCUGCCAAGAUAUCGUGGAUAGAACAAAACGCAAGGGGGAAAAAAUGCUGGCCUCGCUGCAGUCCCUGGCCCUGAGCCUUUCCCUGUUGGUUGCGACAACGGCAGCGCAGUCCAACCUCGUCGUGUCCCACUUCAACGGCAACGUCUACUCGCUCGCCUUGUCGGGCUCGCAGUUGACGCUCAAGCAGACGCUCAAGGCCGGCGGGACGUGGCCGGCCUGGGUGACGUAUGACAACGACACACGCACCGUAUACGUCAACGACGAGGCCGGCUGGAUCGCCCCGACCAUCACCGCGCUCAGCGUCUCCGCCGACGGCACCCUGGCACAGACGGCUGCUGCGAGGAGCAAUGGUGAAGUUCACAGUGGCUUGUACGGGGGAGGAGAUGGCAAGGGAUUCAUUGCUGUAGUGCAAUACGAAAACUCGGGGAUAUGGACAUACAAACUUCCCAUCACAUCAUCGUCACAGCCACUCCAGAAGCUCGGGCCCUGGACCAUGCCGGGCCCCGGCCCCGUCCCAUCCCGCCAGAACAAGCCGCACCCGCACUCGGCCUUCCCCGACCCGACGGGCCGCUUCCUACUGGCCGGCGACCUCGGCGCCGACCUGAUCCGCGUCUUCUCCAUCGACUCCAACUCUGGCCAGCUGACCUCGUGCGCCGACGUCAAGACCGGAGCCGGCGAUGGGCCCCGCCACGGCACCUUCUUCACCGCCGGCAACUCGACGGUCCUGUACAUGGUCAACGAGCUCGCCAACACCGUCACCACCUACCGCGUCGGCUACCCCUCUGGCGGGAGCGGCUGCCUGGCCCUGACCAAGGCCCAGUCCAUCUCCACCAUGGGCCCGGGCAGGGCGCCGCCGGCCGGCUCCAAGGCGGCGGCGGUGCAGCUCGUCGGCGGCCGCCACCUGUACGUGACGAACCGCAACGACAAGACGUUUGGCGCCCAGCAGGACGCCAUCGCGCUGUACGCCGUCUCGCCGACCGACGGGCUGCUGACGUUUGUCGAGACGUCCAACUCGCGCGCUUUCUUCCCGAGGACCAUGCAGGCCAACAAGGCCGGCACCAUGCUGGCGGUCGGCGGCCAGACGUCGAGCAACGUCGUCAUCUUGGAGAGGGACGCGCAGACCGGAAAGCUCGGGCGCGUGCUGGCGAAUUUGGUGGUUGGCACGCCGGGUAGGGCGGGUGAGGAGGAUGGGCUGAGUGCUGUUGUUUGGGUUGAGUAG